AUGUUUUUUGAUCUCAAUCAAGAAUUAUUAUUACUUUAUCAUAAGGAGGAUAAUCAUCAGGCAACUACCAAAAUUGAUGGUAUUGAUAUUUCUGCAGCAACAUUGGCAGCUGAUCUAAAUAUAAACAAAAUCAAAGUCAUUUACCUUCACAAACCACCAAAAUGCCUUGCAAUCCUUGAAAAGUUAACCAAAAAGCACAAUGAACUUUGCCAUCUAGCUGAUCAUUUGAACGAUUACAUGGGCAUUAUAAUAUUUUUACAACUUGUUAGCAUUAUAGCUAACAUUGUAUGGUCAUUAACAGUAUUAUUCGAAUAUGACAUACGUGAAGUAGCUUUGAACAAAAUCAAUCCCCCUUUGAUUGCAUUGAUUUGCCAUAUUGUAUAUAAUUUAGUUUGGAUUUUAUCCAUGAUGGGACUAACAAUUUUUAUAGCCUUAGUAGGACGUGGUCUGACACAAGAAGGCCGUAAUACAAGCAUAUACAGCUACAAAAUUUUGGAAAAUCAAUGGUUUCAAGCUCAGGACGGCGAGGCGGCUCUCGUUAAAAGCCAGCUUAUUUUGUUAGCUAAACAAGCUGAAACUAGAUGUCCUGUACUAAGCGCUGCAGGAUUUUUCGUAGUCGAUUUGGAAAUUUUGGGAUUGGUUUUGGCCAAUGUUUUCGCUUUCGGUAUUGUUGCUGUACAGUUUGUUUUGAAUGAACAUUAA